GCACCGCACCAGUAAAAUAUCAUUCUCCCGAGGAACAUGAGUCUUGUUUAAAGAGCCACGCAGUGGCAGUAACAAUGAUGGUUAUUAUAAUGCUGUAAGCCGAGACAGUAGUGUGGUGUGGUGUGUCGUGGGGUGCGCCAGCCUCUGCUGCGCUUGUCCCUUCCUUUUUCGUGUCUCCCACCACCCUCUCUUGUGGAUUCAGAUCUCUUUCUUGGUCUCACCCACUGAGCCACUGAAAAGAGAUUAGACACCGAGGGAGUGAGCGAGAGAGUGUGAUCAGUAAAUGUAAUGGAGCCGAACCUUCCAUUUACAUCAUCGAGAUGAGGAGGAUCGGCGAGUCGGUCUCUUCUACGCCUUCUGGUUGCAUCUGAGGUCCUCCAACCUCCUCCUCCUCCUCCUCCUCUGUCUUCCCCUCCCUUGUAUUUUCCGUCAGUUUUAGAAGAUGCAGAGGCCAUUCCCGCUGCCUCAGGAGGACUUCUCCUUGAAGGAGACAGCCCCCCGCCUUGGUGGCGGAGGACUUGGUGGCGGCGAUAAGCUCACCAACACGUAUGACCUCGUUGAGCAGAUGCAGUACCUCUAUGUUCGUGUUGUGAAAGCCAAGGAUCUACCAGCUAAGGAUGUUACGGGAAGCUGUGAUCCCUAUGUGGAGGUAAAACUUGGUAACUACAAAGGCACCACUCGCCAUUUCGAGAAGAAGACGAAUCCUGAAUGGAACCAAGUGUUUGCUUUCUCAAAAGAUCGGAUCCAAGCUUCUGUGGUGGAGGUCGUGGUCAAGGACAAGGAUUUCGUGAAGGAUGAUUUCAUGGGAAUGGUUUUGUUUGAUCUGAAUGAGAUUCCGAAAAGAGUUCCGCCAGAUAGCCCGUUGGCACCACAGUGGUACAGAUUGGAAGAUCGCAAGGGGGAGAAGGUAAAGGGAGAGCUGAUGCUAGCUGUUUGGAUGGGUACACAGGCGGAUGAGGCGUUCCCGGAUGCGUGGCACUCUGAUGCUGCAACAGUUCCCGGUGAUGGCCUUGCAAACAUCAGAUCGAAGGUAUACCUCUCUCCCAAGCUUUGGUAUGUGAGAGUUAACAUCAUCGAAGCCCAAGAUUUGCUGCUCAAUGCAAAGCCAGGAUUCCCAGAAGUCUUUGUUAAAGCUACUAUUGGCAAUCAAACACUUAGGACCAGGAUUUCACCAAGCAGGUGCCCGAACCCUUUGUGGAAUGAGGAUUUGAUGUUUGUUGUAGCAGAACCAUUCGAAGAACAUUUGAUCCUAAGUGUAGAAGAGAGAAUCGGGCCUAACAAGGACGAGGUGUUGGGGAAGGCUGUUAUUCAUCUGCAGAAGGUGGAGCGGAGGUUUGACUGUAGGAUAAUCAAUUCAAGGUGGUAUCACCUGGAGAAGCAUGUGGCAGCUGAUGGUGAGCAGAAGAAGGAGGUGAAAUUUGCUAGUCGAAUUCAUCUAAGGUUAUGUUUGGAUGGUGGAUACCAUGUUUUGGAUGAGUCCACCCACUAUAGCAGUGAUCUUAGGCCCACUGCGAAACAACUGUGGAAGCCAAGCAUUGGUAUCCUAGAGCUAGGUAUAUUGACUGCCCAGGGAUUGCUCCCGAUGAAGACUAAGGAUGGGCGUGGAACUACUGAUGCGUAUUGUGUAGCUAAAUAUGGGCAGAAAUGGGUUCGUACUAGAACGAUCAUUGACAGUUUUAGUCCGAAAUGGAAUGAGCAAUACACUUGGGAGGUAUAUGACCCAUGUACUGUAAUCACAGUUGGUGUGUUCGACAACUGCCACUUACAGGGUGGAGACAAGGCAAAUGGUGCAAAAGAUAACAGAAUUGGCAAGGUACGAAUUCGACUUUCUACGCUAGAGACUGAUAAAGUCUACACACAUUCGUACCCCCUUCUGGUUUUGCAUACAACAGGGGUUAAGAAGAUGGGAGAAGUUCACUUGGCUGUUCGAUUCUCCUGUUCCUCUCUGCUUAAUAUGCUGCAUACUUAUUCUAGGCCACUGCUGCCAAAGAUGCAUUACCUACAUCCUUUGACUGUUACCCAGCUUGACUACUUGAGGCACCAGUCCACUCAGAUAGUGUCAACCAGGUUGGGUCGUGCAGAGCCGCCGCUGAGAAAGGAGGUUGUGGAGUAUAUGUUGGAUGUCGGCUCCCAUAUGUGGAGCAUGAGGAGGAGCAAAGCUAAUUUCUUUCGAAUUAUUAAUGUUUUGAGUGGUUUGAUUGCGACCGGAAGAUGGUUUGGCCAGAUAUGCCUUUGGAAGAACCCCAUAACGACCGUACUUAUACAUGUUCUCUACGUAAUACUGGUUCUAUAUCCGGAACUGAUACUUCCAACAAUGUUCCUCUACUUGUUUCUGAUUGGAGUAUGGUACUACCGAUGGCGGCCAAGGAAGCCUCCUCACAUGGACACUCGACUAUCACAUGCAGACACUGCCCAUCCUGAUGAGCUUGACGAGGAAUUCGAUACAUUUCCUACAUCGAGACCACCUGAAAUUGUGAGGAUGAGGUACGAUCGAUUAAGGAGCGUUGCUGGAAGGGUGCAAACUGUGGUUGGAGACCUGGCUACACAGGGGGAGAGAUUUCAGUCCCUGUUGAGCUGGCGAGAUCCAAGAGCGACUGCUCUCUUUUUGAUCUUUUGCCUUGCUGCUGCCAUUGUGCUCUAUGUAACGCCAUUCCAGGUUGUCGCCCUCCUCACAGGCUUUUACGUGCUGAGGCACCCAAGGUUCCGGCACAGGCUUCCCUCAGUACCGCUCAACUUCUUCAGGAGGUUGCCAGCAAGGACCGAUAGCAUGUUAUGAGAAGCUUUUUGUUUGGAGAACUUGUUCGCCCCUGAGACAAUGUAGUGGCAAAGCUAUUGAAACCCGAGUCUUCAUCAGAAAGCAAGAGCGAGGAUCAGUAUUUUGGUCGAUCGUCAACUCAUGCUAUGGUGUUCCUCCAACUCUACCUGUGUCGAUCAGUCUUCAUGUUAUGCAUUUCUUUCUUCUCUUAUUUGUUUUCUAUUGCUUUGUGAGAUCUAGUUAUGGUUUGAACUGGUCGCUAAUGAUGUAUUGUUACCGUGAUUAGAAGCUGUUGAGUCACUGAUUAAGGCCUCAAAUCCUAUUGUGUCUGAACGAGUUUUUUGUCUUUCAUGGUCUCUUAUCUUCUUGGUGAUGGUUAGGAUAAAUCCUUCCAGGUCGUUUGUAAUCUUGUUCAAAUCGUUGUUUAUUGGACAACAUCUGCUUGCUGU